CUCUCUACUUCAGAGUUCGUUCCCAAUCAAAUAGCGAGUGGAGGGAGGCAGGCGUUUGCGUGAUGCAAUGUCAGAUGAUAGCAUUACGAAUAAUACAUUAUAGCUUGUGAGUCAUUUGGUGAAUUGUUUGUUGACCGGAGGUAUAUUGAUCCACGAUCCUCGAGGAACUAUAGCCCAGUAACAUCCCCUCAUCUUCGCGGAGGAAUCGAUCAUCUAUUAAGCAGGAAUGGGACAACGUCAAGAUCGACAACAGGAGGCUUCCCAACGAGUGGAGUUUGAUCCAGAAGGGAACAACGGGCUUAUCCUCUCCACGACCUACAUUCCCGAAGAGCUUUUAGGUGAAAUAUUUUGCUACAUUGACCCCGUUACCCUGCUGGACUUGCAGCUAGUCUGUCAACGGUGGAAGAACAUCAUUCAGGAGUACGUCUGGAGGAAGAAAGCUGAACGCAUUUUCGGCCAGUCCCUGCAAUCCAUCAAAGACCUUCCAUGGUGUGUCUAUUAUCACAUAUGCAGAGGAAAACUAUUCGAGAGAAAUCUCGUGAAGAAUCACUCGGCGCAAAAGGGAUUAGAUGAAUGGCACAUUAUCAGUCAAGGAGGAGACCAUUGGAAAGUAGAAAAACCUCCCGUGGGUGUCACACCUCUACCCAAGGAUCCCGUUUUCGAGGGACAUCAAAGUUGCUUUGCAACUUCCUACUACACGUGUACUAAGUCACAAUCUAUUGAUCUAGUGGCCGAGGGCUUCAAUGCACAGAUUCUAGAUAAUUUUCCCCCACCUAUAAUGGUUGGUGAAUGGUACAGUGCGCGAUGGGAUUGUCCAGCAAUUUACGAACUCCUAGUGAUCCUAGUCAACGACAAAAGGAAGGAAAUCGACAGGUUCAAGUUUUUCGAUGCAAUAGACGGGUCAAAGCAGAAUGAGUGGCAUCACGUGUCACACGAGUUCAAAGAUUACGGUCCAGGCUUGAGGAAAAUAAUAUUCAAGCACACUGGUAAGGACAAUCUCUUCUGGGCUGGCCACUAUGGUAGUAAAAUGGCCGGUGCCUCGGUCGUCUUUAAAGUACCUCAGGCUCGACCUGACGAGCCCACAACAACUGAACCCCGACGAAUCUCCUCAGCCAGCCUCGAUGUAGAUGCCAAAAUGUAUUACGCUGAUAUUGAGACAGACUCUGACUCCGAUGUGAAUGAUUAUGAUUAAAAAUAUCUAUAUUAUAAUUAAGUUUUCAUGUAAACAAGUUUACGGUUAUUAUUCACUCUGUUGCCGGCAACAUAUUUCGAUAGUUUAUUAGCACUUUUUACAUAAACCAAAUGAUUUUAUACAAUUUAUUGAAAUAACUGAGUAUUUAAUAAUUAAUAAAUAAGGCCAGAAUUGUUUGAAAAACCGAA